AUGUUGUGCCGUCGGAUGCGGCUCACCGAACGCCAUCUACAGCCACCCCGGGAACCACUCGAAGGUCCGAUCGUACGACCGUGUACGGUGAGGAAGCUGAUGAACCUCGAACCGGCACGCAGCGCCGGUGGUGCAGGAGUUGGCGAUCCUUCCACAACCAAUAAUGCCAUCCCGCCAACGACCAUCACCAUACCGACGGGUGACCAUACCACGGGACCGGGAUGUUUCGAGGAGCAGCCACGUGGGAGGAAACCGCCCGAUGGACCGAAAACGCCGCUGAUGAUCGUAAAUCUCAACAUCCCGCCCGGUACCGAAACGUUGGCGCCAAAGAGUGCAUCCCGCACGGAACGCACCAAACUCCCGCACUUCUGUCUUCAGUAUCGCAAUCUAACUCGGCUCUGUUCCGCACCGCCCGGUUCGACGUCGAACGCAGUCGGGACGGGCUGUGCAGCUACCGGUGGUGGACCCGGAACGACGACGACGACGACGUCGCAGAUUCCUCAGAUAUUCAUUCAAAGCUUCGAGCUACAGGAUCGUCGCGCUGUCGAUGGACAAGGACCGGUGGCCGGGGAUGGUGUGCAGGAUGGUAAUAGUGCCAGCAACGGCCAACAGUACAACAUCAUCACCGAGAACGAUGAGGAUACGUUCGCGACGUUGCUGCUGGAAAACAUCUCCAACAUUUCGCUGGAGAUGAUACAACGACAUCAGCAGAAACUGCUCGGGACGGCCGGUUCCUCGAUGACCGAUGGUCAGUUACAGACUGGGGCUAGUGGUGCGAGUGCGACCUGCUUCCAGCACGUUGAGGGUUGUAGCAGCAUGGAUCGUACCGAUAGUAAGACGUCUGCUGAUGGUGUGGUGUGUGGGGCUAUGCUGGAUAUGCGCAUGGACUCGACGGAGGAACACGGUGCCGGGCAGAGAGAGGGUAGUGGACGGGCGGAUUAUGGGAAUUUACGCGGUAGUGGUACGCAGGAUGGUAUCGAUGAGCCACUGAGUGACAUACCGGCCGGAUACCGGUCGCUCUGCUACCGAACGCCAAGCCCCAAGACGCGUCAGAUCAUACGAGUGGAUAUCGUCACGAGUAGGGAGAAGUACUGA